UUUUUUUUUUCUUUUUCUUCUUCUUCUUUUUUCUUUUAACCAUAGAACUAUGCUUCGUCGAUUAAAUGCUCUUGGACGAAAGGAAUUGAUAAAAGGUCGAUGCGUUUGUCGAAAUAGUCUUGCAUACCGUCUAUAUACCACCAACUCCAAAACCUCUUCCAAUGACAAACCAGUAUCCUCUGAAGAUCUAGUCAAUGAUGAUUACUUUUGGGAAAUUCCUACGUCUACUCCUCGCCAUGUUACAACCAAGAAAACCAAUAACACAACUUCGCCAACAUUGGAUUUUCGACGACUUUUGGAUACUGUACUAGAUAAAACAACAAGAGAACACGACCAAGCUAUUGUAGAUGAGGUGCUUACAAAUAUAACUAACGGAGACGAACUAUAUAAACGACCAACAACAACAACAGCAACACAGAAAGCAUCCAAACGACGAACUUCAUUGAUUGAACAACGUUUGUUGGAUAUGGUAAUACACAAUAAAAAGGUAUUCAAGGAGCGAGCACCUUUACCACGAUCAAUGAUGCCGGCUUUAUAUGGAAAAACGCAAAAUGGGGAAGAAAAAAGAAAACAAUCAAUAUCAUUAGGCAAGAUACAAUUAGAAGCUAUUCGAAAGGACAAAUCGAUUCAAGCACAUGAUCGAGAAAUCAAGACCAUCGAUGAUAUCUUAUCUACCAAUAGUCGACAUGCUCUUUUAGAUCAAUUUAGUUUCUCUGUGAUGGAAUAUCAGCAACAACAAAGUUUCCCAAGUUAUUAUGCUCGGCUUGUUAAGAAUGCCAUUCAACAUGCUUAUACAACAUUCCGGGAUCCUUAUCUGGCUGUGGCUCUAUUUGAACAAUGCAAAUCGAUGAGUGUGGAAAGUUAUAUCAAUGGAUGUACAGCAGAUGUUUAUAAUCAAGUAUUGAAUGUGAGAUGGGAAGCUUGGAAGGAUAUCUAUGGUAUCUUGGAUCUCAUGGAAGAAAUGACAUUGAAUGGUAUCGCUUUUAACGAUGUAUCAGCAAGUAUUGUACAAACUAUUACAGAAGAAAUGGAACAACAAGAAUGGGCUGAUGCAGAUAACUCUAAACAAGUACAAAUGUGGUCUCCUGAUGAUGUUCGAUCGACCGAACUGAUGAAGAUUCUUGUUGGCAAAUGGGUAUUCAAAUAGAUAUAUAGAUAUAAAUGAGUGUUUGUAUAGUUUAGAUUAGACGUUAGAUUUUUCUGCUUUAAUAAAUAAAUAAAAAAAAAAAAAA